GCCCAGUGCUGGAAUAGCGACUAGUUUAGGGAAGCUGCCGGGGAAAGUGAGAUUCAAUCAAGCAGCCCGAUCCAGGGGUCUCAGCUGGCUGUACCACAAAACAUGUCUCCUUUGAAAGAUGCACAGCUCGGAGCUUUCACCUUCUUUGCUUCUGCACUCCCUCAUGAUGUGUGUGGAAGCAAUGGACUUCCUCUCACCCCAAACUCCAUUAAAAUUCUGGGAAGAUUUCAAAUCCUCAAGACCAUUGUCCAUCCAAGACUUUGUCAGUAUGUCGAUAUAUCACGUGGCAAACAUGAGCGGUUGGUUGUGGUAGCGGAACACUAUGAGAAAAGUCUGGAAGACUUGCUUCGGGACAGGAAGCCAGCAAGCCCUUCAAAGACCAUGCACCUUGCUUUUGAAGUUUUACAAGGCCUAGAAUAUAUGCAUUGUCACAGAAUGGUCCAUAGAGCUCUGGCUCCUCACAACAUUCUUUUAGAUGGAGAGGGUCACGUGAAACUUGCUAAAUUUGGACUUUAUCAUAUAACAGAUCACGGAGCAGAUGUUGAUUUCCCUAUCGGCUACCCCUCAUACCUUGCACCAGAGGUGAUUGCCAAAGGAAUUUUGAAGCCAACUGACCCCACUCAACAUGAGAGACCUCUGCCUUCUGGUCCUAAAUCCGAUAUUUGGUCAUUGGGUGUGAUAAUGUUUGAGCUUUGUGUGGGAAGGAAGUUAUUUCAGAGUCUGGGAAUUAAUGAGAAAAUAAAACUAAUACUUACAUUAGGCUGUGUUGAUGACAUUGUGACUGUUCUUGGUGAGGAGCAUGGCUGUAAGGAUAUUAUAAAGGAUCUCCCUGAAUCUAUAUUAACCUUAUUGAGGAAAUGUCUCACAUUCCAUCCAUCAAAAAGGCCCACUGCUACAGACUUGCUCCAUGACCGUGUGUUCAGUGAAAUUUCUCCACUAUAUGUGCCUUACCGCAAACCUGCCAGUCUUUUUUCAUCAACGCUGAGGUGUGCUGAUUUAAUUCUGCCUGAAGACAUCAGUCUCCUAUGUAAAGAGGUGGACAGUGAUUUCCUCGCAGAACGAUCGAUUGAAGAGGUAUACUAUCUCUGGUGUCUGGCUGGAGGUGACUUGGAAAAAGAGCUCAUCAGUAAAGGAAUUAUUCGUUCAAAGCCACCCAUCUGCACCCUACCUAACUUUCUGCUUGAAGAUGGUGAAAGUUUUGGCCAAGGAAGAGACAGAAGUUUCCUUUUGGAUGACACCACUGUGAAUUUAUCUCUCUGUCAGCUAAGAAAUAGAUUAAAAGAUGUCCCAGGAGAAGUGUUUUAUCCACUACUGGGAGAAGACCAGUCCAAUGUACCCCAUUCAGGCAGCAACAAUGAGCUAUCUACCUCAGCCCUUCCUCUGAUUAUUCGAGAGAGAGACACAGAAUAUCAACUUAACAGGAUUGUUUUAUUUGAUAGACUUCUAAAGGCAUACCCAUACAAAAAAAACCUAAUUUGGAAAGAAGCUCGAGUAGACAUUCCUCCACUUUUGAGGGGCUUAACGUGGGCUGCACUCUUGGGUGUUGAGGGUGCCAUCCAAGAAAAAUACGAUUCAACAGACAAAGACACACCAAUACCCACAGACCGUCAGAUUGAAGUUGAUAUCCCACGUUGCCAUCAGUAUGACGAACUCCUCUCAUCCCCAGAGGGACACUCAAAAUUCCGAAGAGUGUUGAAAGCUUGGGUGGUCUCACACCCUAACUUAGUCUACUGGCAAGGCUUGGACUCUUUAUGCGCACCAUUCCUUUAUUUGAAUUUUAAUAAUGAAGCCCUGGCCUAUGCAUGCAUGUCUGCUUUUAUACCCAAGUACCUCUACAAUUUCUUUCUGAAAGACAAUUCCCACGUUAUACAAGAGUAUCUGACCGUGUUCUCUCAGAUGAUUGCAUUUCAUGACCCUGAACUGAGCAACCAUCUCAACGAGAUUGGCUUUAUUCCAGAUCUCUACGCAAUCCCGUGGUUUCUUACAAUGUUUACACAUGUUUUUCCACUGCACAAGAUAUUCCACCUGUGGGACACAUUGCUUUUAGGAAACGCUUCAUUCCCAUUCUGCAUUGGAGUUGCUAUUUUGCAACAGCUGAGAGUCCGGCUUCUAGCAAAUGGAUUCAAUGAAUGUAUCCUUCUGUUUUCAGACCUUCCUGAAAUAGAUAUUGAACGAUGUGUACGAGAGUCAAUCAACCUGUUCUGCUGGACGCCAAAGAGUGCUACAUAUAGACAGCACGCUCAGACACCAAAGCAAGCUGGAGGUGACAGCAAUGGCAUGAGCAGAUCACCAACCACCUUCACUGCUGAUUUUGAGGACUCUUCCAAAACUGACUUGGGUCGCGAACCCAUCAAGUUGAAUGAUCUGAAGUCUGAGGUCUCCCCUCGUAUCUCCGCAGAGGAUCUCAUUGACCUGUGUGAAUUAACAGUUUCCAGUCAUCUCAAAGCAUCUGCCAAGAAGAGCAAGUCUAGCAAACCCAAGCUGCUUGUGGUGGACAUUCGGAACAGCGAGGACUUUAAUCGUGGUCACAUCCCUGGCAGCAUUAGCAUUCCAUUUGGCUCUGCAUUUACCACAGAAGGAGAACUGGUGCCAUGCACCGCCAGUGCCACACUACAGAGUUUUAAGGGCAAAGUUGUUGUGAUAGUUGGACACGUUGCAAAAAAUACAUCUGAGUUUGCAGCUCACCUGGUGAAGUUGGGAUAUCCAAGAGUAUGUAUUCUGGAUGGUGGCAUUAACAAAAUGAAGCUAACAGGCUUGUUGACAGUUCCUUCACCGCAAAUCUGAGCAAGGCACAGCUACAAAUGUGUAAAAACGAGAACAACACAAGCCUGUAUGGACAGAUUACCUUCUCACUGUGUCAUAUUAUGUAUGUGGGUAUGUAUUGGCUAACAUUCCAGAGCGCCACAAAAGAUGGUUCUACGAUCAAAGGUCUCUUCAACUACUCAUCUCUACCAAAAACACAGUGCAAUACAGGGAUUCUCUUCAUUUUUACUCGCACUUGGAUAUCAAACCUUUCUUCCAUAGUUUCUACCAAAUCACUUGUGUUAAUGUCAACACCAAGGAGCUAUUUAUCACAGGUUAUCUUCAAAGUAUGUUACCAUAAAACCAAUAAUUGAUCGAAGAUGGACAGAUUUUUUUU